ACGAGUGAACGAAGGAUGCGUUCAUUAGCCGUAGAGGUGACUGGCACCGAGGAAAGAGCCGUCAAACGAGCCGCUGUCCCAGAACUGGAAGCAUCGUCCAGCUCGUCGCGUCCAAACAGUUUGUUGGAGAGAGAGAGCAACAUGCCAGUUUUAACGCGCGCCUGCACUACUGCCACGCUGCCGAGGAUCAAGAGGUUCAAAUUCGCCUCGUUCGCGUCCGGCUCGCGUCUCGAUACAACGACGACGGGUCGCCAGCAACAGCACCAACGCGGCAACUGCCACUCGUCAUCGACCAGGAUGUCGACCCUUGUGUGCUGCGAGCCGGUCUCGGCCGCGGCCCGUUCCCGCGACAACCUGAAACUCGUUCUGAACCGAAGCCUGAGCGAGCCAGGCCCGCCCGCCGCCACCUUCCUGUCCGCCUCGCCAACGUCCACGGUCUCGCCGAGCUCGUCGACGAGCAGCGGCGUGGACAGCUGCGUGACGAGCGACGGGGCCGAUUGUGGCGACACCGGCAGCGCCGACUGCGACCACCCCCUGUCCGACGUCCACCACCGCCAUUGCCACCACCACCUCCACCACCACCAUCACCUCCACCACCAGCACCUCCACCAGCACCAGCUGUCGAAACGUUGCAAACUGGAGACGGUCAGCCUACCCACCAGCCCCUCCUCCGAGGGCAACACCCUCCAGAGGCAGCUCGUGCUCCAGAGGACCGGCACCAUCACCCCCGACCAACUGGCCGAUCGUCUUCGAUCGUCCUCGGCCGAGGGAGGGAUCGUGUUGCUCGAUUGCCGCCCCUUCAUACUGUACAACGUGAACCACGUGAGGGAUGCGAUCAACGUGAACUGCUCGGACCGGUUCAACAGGAGGAGGUUGCAGUUGGGGAAGGCGGCGCUCGCCGAUCUGGCCAACACCAGGGAGGGCAAGGAGUUGCUGCGCAGGGGGCAUUACAGGGAGGUGGUCGUGUACGACGAUUGCACGGAUGACGUGGACCGGCUGCCCGUCCAGCAUCCUCUCUUCCUCGUGCUCGUCGCGUUGCUGGACGACAACAGGGAGCCUGCUCUUCUUUUGGGUGGACACAAGGAGUUCCACAGGCGGCACAGGGACCUCUGCGAGGACACGCUUCUCCCAACAGUCGGAGCAGGUCCGUCCACUGUCGGUAGUUGUUCCAGUCCAGGACCAGGGUGUCCAGUAUUAAGUCUGUCCGGACCACCGACUCCACAACCCGCAGACAUCGAUAGUCACCCAGCCUCGAGAGUUCUACCGUUCCUCUACCUUGGAAAUGGCAGGGACGCGGCCGAUUUGCAACUUCUUCGCGCGUUAGGCGCAACCAGAGUCCUCAAUGUCACUUCACAGCUGCCUGGAUAUCACGAGGAGAGGGGUAUCACGUAUAGACAGAUCCCUGCCUCGGAUUCUGGCCACCAAAACCUUAAGCAGUACUUCGAGGAGGCGUUCGACUUCAUUGAGGAAGCCCGAAAAGCCGGAAGCAGCGUGUUAGUGCAUUGUCAAGCGGGAGUAUCGCGCAGUGCGACAAUCGCAAUCGCGUAUAUAAUGCGACACAAGGGCCUGUCCAUGGUGGAGGCCUACAAAUUGGUGAAGAACGCGCGACCUAUUAUCAGUCCUAAUCUCAACUUCAUGGGACAAUUGUUAGAGCUCGAGCAAGGUUUAAGGGCAUCAGGUGGCGUGACGGCUGCCCCCGAGGAGCCAAAAAGCUGUCACCAAUGUCGCUGGUCUCAUCAGCAAAAUAGCGAGGAAGUUACUUCCGGUUGCAGCGUCUGAGUCGAGCGAAAUCACCAGGCGAGGAUCACCCGAUUCUCUCGGAUGACAAUCGGGUUCCAGCAGAAGAUCGAAAAGAAAAGAGCAGAAGAGCCCACGCGCGGUUCGCAAGGCUGUCUCGAUGUUUCGUGUCCAAGGACGCGAUCGAAAGACACAAUCUACACAUAUCCUACACGUAUAUUAUCCAUUAAACGAACCGAAGUCGUCGUUCUUCCUGUUUCAUACACAAAACACACACAGCAUACACACGUGCGAAGAACUCGAAUAACAUAACCUUGCUACACGUGCCUUGGCGAUCGGCCCUAGUAAACGGGAAAGGCUGAUUUACAGAGAGACACUUUUAUUUCUAUUCUAUCGAAUAACUUAUUCAGUGGUAAAGAACGUUCUGAGUGAGAGAGAACGCGUCGUUGACUUGUGAAUAACGAAGAAAGAGAUGCAAAUGCGGAUAAGUCGUAACAUAUGUGCAUCCUCCAUCUUGGAACUUCGAAAACCAACAGGAUGAUGGCGCCUGUUAACACUUGAGUGCGCAUGAAUUUCUUCCUGUGUACAUACAACGACGCGAGCUCCUCUCUAUGUUGCGAAUUAUUUAUGCGUUCAAAGGAGAGGGGAAAAAAGAGGGACGCGGCGCUAGUUACGGAAGCUUCGUGCAAUCGUCAUGAAGAAAGGUUUGGUGUACUUACGCGACAGUGUUCCGUAGUUUUAUUAGUACAAAAUAUAACGUGGUAAGAGGCGCGUAUGUUCGAAGGAAAUUAUAAAUUAUUUUUUUUUUUUUUUUUUUUGUUUUCUUGCGUAGUAAGUUACAGUAGAGAGAGUAUGUAUAUUUGAUUUUAACAUGAUGAUACACGGUGUUCCACUUUUCUUGAAAAGAUCUACGCGUUUGUAAUUUAGAAAGUGAAUUUUAUUCGUUUAAUUUUUGUUCUUUUUAUAUGUGUAUAUUUUUUUUUUUUAAGUGUCAAGCGUCCACGUCUAAUUUGGCCACAAUUUUUUUCUUUCGAGUGAGUUGAAUACUAUCGAUUAAUUAUCUUGUAUUUAGGGACACUGCUUCUUCGAAACCGUCGUUGCGAACAAAGAAGCAUCGAAUAAGAAUAUAGAAGUGAAUAAUUGCACUUGAGGAAGUCUUGCGAAAUUUUUUUUUUCUUUUUGCCAUCUAAAGGCGCGCGCGCAAGUGGACAGUUACAAGGUGGGAUAAAUGUACGUCAAUUGAGAUCAAUAAUAAUUAUGUUUGCGUUUUUGCCUUUUGCCUAUUUGUAUCUCUAUAUUCGUAAUGUUACAUUAUUCGAUAGCGAAGUGGUAUAUAUUUGAUAAAAUAAUAUAUCAUUAACUGGAAUUAGCUUAACCACGAGCUCCGUAGCAUUUAAGGAUCUGGUUGAGAUCCAACCAUCGUGAUCUAGUCGUUUGUUGGAAUGUAACUGAUAAUGAUGUUGACGAUAUGUAAGGUAUGAAAGAGAGAACGAAAGAGAGAGUUCAAAUACCCCCGCCAACUAAUUAGAAUAAUUAGUAAAAGCUAUAACUCGAGGGACGAAAAUAUUUCGAUUUUAAAAAUUAAGAUGCCAAACACGGAUUUUUAGUUCAACGGAUUCAACGAGUUUCAAACUUCGGGGGUUAAAGUCGUGUGUAAUAGCCAAAAUUAUUAUCAUCUUUCGAUCUUGAAGUGUACAUAAACAAUAAAUAUUAUCUCACGGGGAAAAAUAUAACCAUGAAUUAAUAUUUUAAACCAGUUCUGAUCAGUUUAAUGAACAUCUUUGUAUCGCAAGAAAAUUGUCUCCAUUGAUCCUUUAUUCGAAUUAAAUCGCUUGCACGAUACAAAUAUGAUUGCGAAUGUAAAACCUAACCUUGUCACUCUGUUUAUGUCUGUUAUUCUUUCGCAAUGUUUCACUGAUAAUAAUCCGAAUAAUGAGGAAAAUAAUGUGAAUAUGAUUUAUCUCGUUUCAUAUUCAUGUUGUACAAAAUAUGAUCGUUCGAUUAUUUUUCAUCUAAUCGGCUCGUUUUCAAAAUUCUUUGAUAUCGAUGUGCGUGCGGUCUCAGACGAAUUGUGCCGCACGAAGGGAAAUUUUUCGAUUAAGAAUUUGAUCUGUUAGCGUUAGAAGUAUUAUGGAAAUAGAAAAGUGUCUUUUCCUCGCGUGGCACGAUUCAUUCGUAACGCGUGUAUAUCUAGCUUUUUUAAUCGCUUCUAUCUUAAACCGCAAUGGAUGAUUCUUAUUCGUAAUCGAGAAACAACGAGUGUAAUCGUCAUAAAUGGAAAAAGAAAAAAAAAAAAAGAAUCGUGCACGUAGUUCGCUUCGAAUAUCGUCGAAAUACCUCGAGCAACGGCCUAAAUGGGACGUUGAUUAAACGUAAAGAUGAAUAAAAAAUAAACAAAAACGUGUGCGAAAUAACUGUACGACACGACAAUCGCCGCUGUUAAAUCAAACCGAGCAGCUGUUCAAAAAAAAAAAAAA